AUGGUCACUCGAAACUCAAAAAGGUCAAAGACUGACAUCUGGCAAAAUGGCUUGAUCCCCACGGUGGCUAAGCCUAUUCAAACUAAGGAGCUCAUUAAUCGUCUACUGGCUUUGGCAGAUCACCUUUCGGCUUUAGACCAAUCCACGGUCACUCCAGAUAAGUAUGCCACAGUUGCUGCAGAUUUGGCAAACCCCAAGCUCUUGAAUCACAAGAAUGAGGCCGUUCAAGCACACGCUUGUUGUGCCAUUGCAGAUAUCUUACGUAUCUACGCUCCAGACGCCCCAUACUCUGAGGAAGAGCUCUCGCGUAUCUUUAGAGCUUUCUUUACCCAGUUAGCCCAGGCAUGGGACACAGGGAACUCCUUCUAUCCACAGCAAUCUUAUAUUUUGACCCGUUUGGUUGAGGUCAGGUCCAUUAUUUUGGUAGUCGAUCUACCUGAUGCAGCUGAUUUAAUUGUUCUCUUGUUUGAUACCAUGUACGAUUUGGCUGCAAAAGGGUUCCCUCAGAAACUAGAGCAACUUGCUGCCGAUAUGCUUGCAGGUGUUAUUGCUGAAGCUGAUAUUAUUCCGAAAAAGGUCGUUUCGACCGUGUUCAAGAGCCUUACAUUCACUGGCACCUCUCUCACAGCAAACACGUCUAAUAUUUCUCAUCCGGGCUUCACUUUCUCCGUGGCUAUCUGCGAGACGAAUAUAGACAAGAUGUCAAGGCAGGUCGCUCAGCUUUUCUCUGAAAUGCUAGAUGAAAGUGCAAAGCCUUCAGGAAACCAUACCUCAUCAGCAGCUGCCUCAUUCAAAACAUUGGACAAGAUUCAUGAAUGGUCAAUUCAGAUUUGGAAACAUGUCCCAGAGAUGCUAGGCUCCAUCAUCGGCCUCAUAGGCGACGAACUCACAUCUGACUCUGAAAAGAUUCGUGUUUUGGCUACUAAAACUAUCGGUGAGAUCCUUGCUAUCUCAGAAGAGAAUACCUCGCAUGCUAGCAUUGAUAGUAACCUGGUUCACUUUGUUACUGCUCACAAAAGUACGUGGUCCAGUUGGCUAAGGAAGUCUGCAGAUGUCUCUCCAACUGUGCGUUCUACUUGGGUGGCACUGAUUCCUGCCAUCCUUAAUUCAUCUUCCGUUGCAUCAGAAAUGGUCAUCGAUAUACGUUCCAACGUUAAGAAGUGUCUCCUAGACUCUAGCGAGAAGGUGAGAUUGGCCUCUUGUACAGCUCUCGAGAGCCUUUCCUUUCCAACAUUCACUAGUCGACUUGUGGACGAGGAGACUCUCCAGACUUUAUUCUCUCUUUUGAGGGAACGUGAUGAAGAUACCAGAACGAAAGUCAUAAGAUGCUUAUGCUAUCUCUACGAUAAUUAUAUGAAGUCAAUUAUGGAUAGCGAGGUGGUUGAUUUCGGUAGCCUCAAAGCCACCGAAGUGAAAAGAGUGGAGAAUAUGAUAUCCAAGGAGUUCCCAAAUCAUUUUCUUCAUCUUAAUUACAUUAAUCUCACCUCUAUAACGACCGCUGUGGAUGUUGAACUCUUUGAGAACGUCAUUCCCUUCCAAAAUAAUGCUGGCAAGCGUUGUGCCCGAAUUUGCCAUUUUUACACAGUCCUUGACCAGAAAAGCAAGGAAGCAUUUAGUGCUUUACUUUCUCGGCAAAAGAAGUAUGCACAUGCGUUAACGAAGUUUUCGGACCUUGCUAACGACUAUCGCUCGAGGGAACCUGGAAAUGAGGAAGAAAAGGAGAAUAUUGGUCAAAAUGGCGACAAAGGUUCCAAAGAUGACAUUUUAAACAAAGCAGACAAGAUAUUUGUCUGGUUAUCAAAUAAUGUUCCUGAAAGCUUCAAUGCCCAUGCCUGCCUCGAGAAAAUAUUCUUGCUGAAUAACGGCCGACAUUUGACGUUAUUGAAAAAUUGCAUUACGUCCUUCCUGGAUUAUAAAACGAUAAAGAAUUCCAUCAAGGAAUUAAUUGUGAGUUUGAAUAAUCAAAAGGUUACGAAGUCCAGUGGAACAAGAAUUACAUCGGCCGAGAUGGUGUCUACUAUGAAAUUGCUUCUUUACAGAGCAGCGCCAAUCCUCUUUAACAAGUCAAACAUUAUUGAGUUGAUGUCUGCAUCCAAAGAUUCUCUGAAUGAGUUCUUCCAAAUCUCGAACGAGUUACUCGAACUAGUGGCUUCUCUAAGCCCGGAAUCUCUUCAGGAUCAAGUACCAACAAUGGCAGAUAUGCUUGUCACCGAUGACAUAUACAAUCCAAAAAAUUCUGUUGAUUCCCUCCUUCGAUCAAUGCACCAUUCUUUGAAAGCAUCUCCACAAAACUUCCCAGACAGUCUAAUACUUACAGAUCGAUUACUUCGCUUGGCACAAGAAGGUUCCCCGGUACAAGCCAAAUAUAGUGCCAAAAUCUUGGGUCACCAUCAACACAAGGAGCAUUUCCUAUCAGAGAUUGUUUCUUCAUCGGUGCCCUUGGAUACCCUGAGUUCACAAUUUUCAUCAAGACUUGCAGCAAUUGCUGAGGUCUGUCUUAUUGAGCCUCUUGUGGUUGAAGAUCACGUCCAAAGUAUAAAUGACGUGAUUACUGAACAGGUGUUGAAAAAGAAUCGCCAGACAGAGAAUUCAUCUCUCAAGGCUGACUGGAUAUCUGAUGAAGAUUUGGCCGAAAACCACCAAAGCUUUCAAAUUCUCAAUGAGAAGUUGAUUGCCAUCAGGUAUAUCGUUAACAGAAUCAGAGCCCUUUGUCUGUCUGACAAUUUGACAAAUGACCCAGGAUUGGUUAAGCAGUUUGAAAAACCUAUCAAGCUCCUUUCACUCAUAGUUUCGACUGGGGGAGAGAUUGUGAAACAAAAUAGUCAACUGAUUCCGACACCAGUAUUAUACCAGCAACGUUUGAGAUUGGAAGCUGGGUAUGGGAUUCUAAAACUAGCAAGAUAUUCUGCUUUAGAUCCUUUGAUUGAUCACAAUGUCCUUAAGAAGAUUGGUCGCUUAAUGUAUGACCUGUCUUUGCAUGUCAGGGAAGGCUUCAUGAAGAAAUUGCACGGGAAUUUAUCAAGUUUUGCCAUUCCAGAGAAGUUUUUGUAUCUCGUUUUCCUAAUGGGACAUGAGCCUGAUCAAAAGUUGCUGACCCUUGCAAGCACAUGGAUUAAAUCUUCUUACCAGCGUUUUGAAAACAAGCAGGACAUGGCUUUUGAACGUGCUCUUUCUAGGCUAAUCCAUGGAAUAGCGCACGACGAAAGAUAUCUAAGUUACUCCACAAAUGCGCCAGAUGAACAAGGUCUGUCGUCUGGUGUUCUUCAAGCACUUGAGUAUGCACUGAAGUUCAUAACGAUGUACCUCUCGAAUAUUUCGAAAGACACCAACAUUUCAGUGUUGUAUUAUAUUGCGAGCAGGGUGAAACAGUACCGAGAUGCAACCGUACCCACAUCGGCCUAUGGAAAUGGCGAUGAGCUGAUUCCUUCGCUGGCCGUCCACUUAUACAGAGCAGCUGAAUUGUGUCAGCUUUUGAUAAAAGAAUACGCAGACAUCAAGAAUUACACUUUGCAGACAUGGCCAGGCAAGUUGAAGCUACCUACAGACAUAUUUUGCCCCAUGGAGAACCUCGAAGAAGUCCUGGCUGUGAUCGGAAGGCAAUACAUCGAAGAUGACUUACAGAUUGAGCUUAGAAGGAAAAUCAAAUCAAUUUUUGGUAGAUCAAGCACCAAGCGUUCAUCAAACAAGAUUUCCACACCGGUUAAGAAGCCUGCGAAGAAAGCUAAGACCUCUCGCAAUGAAUCUAAGACAAAAUCCUCCAAGGCCAAGAAAAGAACUGAAGCGCAAGGUCGGAAGGAAAGAGAGCCUUUAAGAAGAAGCGCUAGGUCCACGAAGAAAGUAACUUAUGAAGAGGGUUAUGAAGAGGCCGGUUCUGAAGAAGAGGAAUCACAUCACUCCUCGAGCGAUUAUGAAAGUGACUACUGA